AUGGACCAAGUGACGGACGAUUCGGUGGUAUUUGUUCCAAUUGAUAACGACAUUGACGUGACGUCCACGCAGCGGGAAACGACAGAGGCUCAUCCGUCGGAGGUCGAGUCGAAUGCAGCCUGCAGGGUCUCAUCGGGAACGACCCUUUCCGACCUUAGUUCUAACGCUGGUGAAGCCGCGGGUGCUAUGCACAUGUCACGGCAUUCCGACUUUACGUUACCAACUUCGAACAUCUUUUUGGGCUCUCUACCAAACUCGAUCGCUAGUUCGUUCGACGACAAGCACAGCGCGUCUUUGGUUCCGCGGCGUAAUAUUUUCGGAAGCACAGUCCAACAGCAAUACGGAAGGAAUCACGUCAGCGACGGUAUGGGUAGUAGCGGUUUCGGCCCACCAGCAGCGGGCUCGCAAUACUCAACCACUGCUGCGGCAGCAAAUCCUGCUCUGACUCUUACAACAAUGCUACCAGCUUAUUUGACAACCGGUAACCCUUACAGUGCACGCUCUGCUGCAACGCUUGCAGCAGAGAACCACAGGCUUUUACCAGAUGGGUUUUCUGGACAGAAUACGGACCAUGAGCAAACUAUAAGCUCUCAGUCAUAUCCUCUGUCACUGGAAUCUGCGUACCAGAUUACGGCACAUCAUCAUCAUGACUACGACCGCAACGACUCGCUCAUGUCUUCGUUGACCCUUCCCGAUUCUCUACAUUGUCGCAACGGCAUAUCCUUUUCGGCGGCCACGCAACUACCGAUAGCACCGUCGCCUCUUCUGGAGCAUGAAAGAAUAAAGCAUCAUAGUCACCGGGUCCACGAAACCCUUCACGCACAAUCACUACUACUGGGCCUGGCUUUUUGCAUGGUCUGGAGUGCGUCAAACCUUAUGGCCCCAAACUUGACCGAAAUGGCCUUAUUCUACGAUUUUGAUCACGUACAACGCGAUUUAUAUCUUGGUUCAUACUGUGCACUUGCCACAGGAGUAUUAAGCUUCCCCAUUGGAGCUGGCAUUGGCAUAUUGGCGGAUGUGGUGUCGUCUCGUCAACGUCUCUUUGUGGCAACAGUCACGGGAGCGGGCUUGUCCAGUAUAGCCACGGCGUUCUAUACCGACGCCUACUGGCAGCUCUUUCUGUGUCGCCUAAUCAACGGUGGGUUCAUGUCUGGCUCCGUGCCCGUCGUGUUUUCGUUUUUGGGGGAUUUGUUCGCGACGGAAGAACGCAAUACAGCCAGCAGUGGCUUGACCGCCAUGAUGGGGCUGGGAAUAAUACUGGGACAAGUGUAUGCUGGAAUGAUUGGUGGAGGGAUUUUGUCAGGGACUGUCUUGGACGUAAACGAAGCAGAGACCGAAGCACACACAGCGUGGCAACACGCGUUUGUUGUGUCGGGUAUUUUAACAUUAAUAUCGGCAGUCUUGUGCGGCUGUUUGGUUCAAGAACCCGUGCGGGGCGGCAAGGAAAAGGUGCUACAAGAUAUGCUGCAGGCGGGAACGCGGUACGAACGGAAAUUGUCUUGGCAAGGGUUCUGGCAUGCUAUGCGACACAACCAAAGCAAUCUGAUACUGCUAUGGCAGGGGUUCUUUUCUUCGCUACCGUGGGGUAUCAUAUUUGUUUUUUUGAACGACUAUCUGUCGCAAGAACGCGGUUUUAGUGUGCCGGAGGCUACCUAUUUGGUGCUGUUGUUUGGUUUGGGCUGUGCCGCGGGUGGAAUUCUGGGCGGCUACUGGGGACAGAAAGUGCAAUCUUACCGUCGGUCCUAUUUACCACUAUUUAUGGCCGGAACGACGGCUGCCGGCAUUUUGCCGUUUGUGGGUUUACUCAAUACGCACUUCACCAAUGCGCACGGCGUUUACGGGUUUGUAUUUAGCUUUGGUGGUGGUCUCGUAGCGUCAUUGCCGGCGGUCAACGUUCGUCCCUGUCUCAUUAACGUGAAUCCACCGGAAACGAGGGGAGCCUCGUUGACGGCGGCUAACCUACUCAUUAACUUGGGUCGCGGAUUCGGACCGAGUUGCAUUACCCUAAUGGGAUCGAUUUUUAAUGUGGAUCGGCAGUAUGCGUUUAAUGUCACGUUGAUUGCGUUUUGGUUGAUUUCGGCUCUCCAAUUAUCGUUAUUGGCCCGUACAUUACCAAAUGAUCAGGAUGCAAUGGAGGCCGAGUUGGCCUCGUACGCGCAGAAAGCCAUCCGGGAGCAACAAGGCCAACACGAACCCCCCGCGUGGGACGAUACGGACGGUUCGGACCGUGACGAAAAGGAGGAGGAUGACGACAAUGACGGUGCUGGUGAUGCGCCCAAUCUGGUGAGUUUGGAAGAACGCAUGACUUCGUGGGACGGCAAGGCGGCCCGGGAGACGUUGGAAUACGUGCGUCGGGGUGUCCGUGAGUUCCGGGAGGAAGUAAUGUCCGGCGGUUCCAAGGCUCUGUUGGGUCCGUUCGGAUGUGCGGACGGUAUCAGUAGUGAAGACGAAGAGGAGGAGAUGACCACCCCCCGCACCAUGCUCCGUAAACGGGAACAAUGGAAACGCGCCCAAGUGAUUCGCAACCAAAUUGCCAUGGACGGUGGUACGAGCGACGCGCCCGCGUAUCCCACGGAACGCACCCCCUUGCGGACGCCGUACGAACGGGAAAAGCUUCCGUACGCGGUCUCACGAGAAAAAAGUCCGACGGUACACGCACUACCGUACCAGGUAUCUAGCGUGAGGAAUGACACGGUCUUCUCGUGCGGCGACAUGGGGGGUCUUGAUUUGUGCCGGUAUGGUGGGGGUGCAUUAUCCUGUUGGUUCGCAAAGGUGUCAAGUGAUGCGGGAAUCAACGGAUCGUCGUUUGGUUGGGUAGAUAUUCCUGGACUUUUGCUUGCUGGUAGUAGCGGUACUGGUAGUGCUGGUGGAUGGGCCAACAAGCCUUCGUCUAUCCUGCAAGCCACUGCGGCCGACGUUGGGACGCCUCCCGCCGUGGGGACGCGGUGGGCCACGGUCUCCGCAACACCCCGUCGCACCAACAGUGCCGACGUUGGUCGCGCCCCGCGUCGCACCCACAACAACAACAACAACAACAACAACAACAAACCGCAAGGAGAAGGCCACACGAGUCGUUGGAACAAUAACAACACCAAAACGGGACGUGGAGGCGGACGAGGAACGGCGGGUGGCCACCACUCCCACCGUACGGGGGGAAACGUGAGUCACACACCCCACCACCACCACCAGCACAACAAAGAACGAAAAGCGCCGGCCAAGACGUCGUCCAAAACUCCCAUGGUGAAUUUGAAAGAUGUGACGCUCUUUACCGAAACUGGAACAGGGAACACGGCACAGGAAAAGGUCGUGGUUCGUCUCUCGAUGGAGCAUUUUCUGGCGACACGACUGAACUACCUGGACCCACCGACGGUGUCGGCCGACGGUGAAUCAUCCCACUGGACUCCGCACGCGCGUUGUAUUUGGACGAGUCAAGACCGGGGCAACCAAAUUCAAGAAGAAAUGAAAGCCUUGUGGGAUUACAAGCCCCUCGAAGUCAACGACGACACCCGCUGGAAAGCUCGAGUCAUGGAGGGCCAGAAUGAAACCGCAACGUCGGACUCGCCCGAAGAAAUUCUUCGCAAAGCCACCGCCAUUCUCAACAAACUUUCCUGGACGACCUUGGACAAGCUGACGGUCCGCUUCGUGGAAACGCUUAGUGGCGGUGCCAAGAGUACCCACGGCGACGCCGACCCGUCCCUCUCCAAAGAGACGGUGCGCGGCACCAUGCAGAUGAUUGUCGACAAAGCCAUGGCGGAACCCCACUUUGCCGAACUCUACGCACGCUUCUCCGGCAAGCUAGCGGCCGUGCACAAAACUUUCAAAAAGAUGCUGUUGAGUAUUUGUCAGGAACAGUUCGAGAUAUCCGACAAGGAACCUGAGUUUCCGGCAAGUAUGGACCCCGCCGAAAAGGCGUACGAGCUGUUGCAAUCACGUAAGCAAUCGAUCGGGCUCAUGGCCUUUAUCGGUGAGCUCUACAAGCUGAAACUCAUUAAGGGUGCCAUUAUGAUUGGUUGCCUGCAACGCCUAAUGGUAAUUGAUGACGAAGAAAAGCUCGAAUGCUUUACCAAUCUCAUGGCGACCAUUGGGGCUCGCUUGCACGAGCACGAGAACGAACCCGAGGUGCACGAAAUUUGGGAAAAGCUAUAUUCCAUGGCCGGUAAGACGAACAAGACGACCGGACCGAAGGCGCCCAGCACGCGCAUCAAAUUUUUGUUGCAAGACUUGAUCGAACUGAAAGAGAAUAAUUGGGUCAAACGCCGAGAAGAGGAAAAGGCCAAAACUAUCGCACAAAUCCAUAAAGAAGCGGCGGAAGCGGAACGCUCGGCGUCGAGAAAUGGUCCCGUUAUCAACACUAACAGCAGCAGUCAUAAGAAAGUAGCUCGCUCCCAUUCGGCUUCUCUGCCCAACACGCGGUCGUCUUCUUCUUUACAAGGCCAGGAAUCCUUUCCGGAUGGUGAAGGCUUUAUGCAAGUACCCAACAAGCCAAAGAAAAACUCCCUGCGACGUGCACAAUCAGAUUCUAUUCCGGACGCAACGUCCGGUAUGAGCAGUUUGCAGCUCGCAAUGUCGGGGAAAAAUAGCAAAACCUCGGCACGGAAAAGCAGUGGUGGAAGCAGUCAACGUCCAGCGAGUCAAGCCCCGAAAAUUGCGGAAUACUUGGAUCCGAAGCAAGUGGGUGAAAAGACCAAAACGUUGCUCAAAGAAUACUUUGUCUCUGGUGACACAGCAGACGCUGUAUUAUCCUUCGAUGAUUUGAUUGGAAAAUCGCACAAUGGCGACGUUAUUCGUGGAGGCGCGGUUGUUGAGGCUGGUAUAUUGCUAGUGAUGGAAAUGAAAGAGGAAGACGUAAAGAAGUUUUUGAUGGUCACGGCGGCGCUUCUGAAACAGGGGAAAAUCCCCCUUGCAUCUUUUGCUAAAGGUAUGAACAACCCGUUGGAGUCCCUGCGGGACAUUGAGAUUGAUGCUCCAAUGGCUGCUAAGCAUCUGGCCAGGAUUAUAGCAUCGUGGCUUUCAUGCAACGCUUUGUCGAUCGAUUUUCUGCUCGGAGCGCCCGAAUAUUUCUUGUCCGAUGGCCGACCCGCAGCGUUGGCCAAGCAAGUCUUGCAAAUUCGUGGUGGCAACGUGUCGGACGAAGAAGUUAAGGUGGUGACGCAACUCAUGAGUGAGGAGGAGAAAAAGAAUAUUGCAUCUGUCAAAGAGUGGCUCCAGUAAAGUUGACGAGUAGUAGUAAACAUUUCGUGUUG